UUCAUUUUUUUUAGUAAUGCUCAUGUUGAGGGUUAGGCCCCAAAAAAAUAUAAAUUCGGAAACCGUAAUGGGUUUCCAUGCGAAUGGUCUGGCAAGGUUUGAAUUUUGGUUGGCAGUGAUACAUUGUUGUGCAUAUAAAAAUGCUUUGAUCCACAAUCAAUGCAUACAGAUCUUCCAUAAAAAAACGCUCCAAAAAAAUCAAGGGAAGUAGUUAAAUUAGCUAUUUCCACCUGAAUUCUGGGUUGGGCAGUGAAUGGGGAAAGUAUGGGUGCUGCAGAAUUUGUGGGCUGCCAAUCGGGAUUUGCAAGUACAUCCGGAAGGAUACUAGGGGCUCUACAGGCCUGUGUGCUAGUUCUUGGUGGUUGUGGGACAGUACUUGUGCUCGCCACCGCACCAGCUUGUACUGCACUUAUGGGACUCACCACAUUGCCAAAUCAUACUGCAGUGCUAGUAUGUGAAAGACCAGGAUCUACUAGAUCGCUGGUACUCGCAGGUUCACCAAAAGGUAGCGCGGCACUAGUACUGGCACUCUGCUACAUAUGAGAGUCAUCAAAGUUU